AUAGCUGCUGUGCUGUGCUAUGCGAAUUUAAUAAAUUUUAUGGAUUGGUUCACUGUGCCAGGGAUCCUGUUAAAUAUACAGAAAUACUUCAAGCUUAGCGAUGGGGACACAGGUCUACUGCAAACAGUCUUCAUCUUGUGUUACAUGCUGGCUGCUCCCGUCUUUGGAUACCUCGGUGACCGGUACAAUAGGAAAAUCAUCCUUGGAGCUGGUAUUUUCUUCUGGUCUGGUGUAACACUAGGCAGUUCAUUCAUCAGUGAACCGUAUUACUGGAUAUUCUUUCUUUCGCGAGGACUAGUUGGCAUUGGCACAGCCAGUUAUUCCACGGUAGCACCUACCAUCAUUGCAGACCUGUUUGAGGAAGGGAAAAGGACCACAAUGUUAUCUAUCUUCUAUAUCUUCAUUCCAGUGGGAAGUGGUCUCGGUUAUGUCCUAGCAGCCGGCAUGGCAGAUGUCACAGGUGACUGGCACUGGGCAUUCAGGAUAACUCCUUGCAUGGGAGGUAUAGCACUGGUUCUUCUGGUUCUACUGAUCCCUCACAGGACCCAGAGGAAGACAGCAGCACACAGAGCACUGAGCAUCUCUGGCACAAUACGGGUAGCAGCCGAGAAACCAGGUGUGCAGAGAACUGCUAAGACGACUUGGUGUCAAGAUGUCAUAUCGCUGGCCAAGAAUUGGAGCUUUGUCUGGUCCUCGCUGGGUCUGACUGCCAUGGCCUUUGUUACUGGAGCCCUGGGAAUGUGGGUACCACUGUUUCUUUACAGGGCUCAGGUUGUCCAGGGCAUUGUACCACCAUGCCUCCAAGAAUCAUGCAAUUCCUCUAACAGCCUAAUAUUUGGAGGCAUCACCAUUGGGACAGGAAUCGUGGGUGUCAUUGCUGGGGCAGAAGCUGCAAGAAGAUUAAGGAAGAGAAACAAUAAAGCUGACCCUCUGAUCUGUGCCACAAGCAUGUUCAUUUCUGCUCUGUGCCUCUACGUAGCUCUGAUGGUGGCCCAGACGAACAUCCUUUCCACUUUUAUCUUUAUUGCAUUUGGAGAACUGUUUUUAUCUGUAAACUGGGCCGUUGUGACAGACAUCCUGUUGUAUGUUGUGACACCAAGACGGCAGUCUACAGCUAUUGCCCUGCAGAUUUUGGUGAGCCAUUUGCUGGGAGAUGCAGGCAGCCCCUAUCUCAUUGGGAUUAUGUCCAAUGCUAUCCAGGCCAAGAACACUCACUCAUUCCAGUGGAGUUUCUGGAGCAUGCAGUACAGCUUCAUCCUGUGUGCUUUUGUUGGUGUCUUUGGAGGAGGUUUUUUCCUCUUGACAUCGUUCUACAUCGAGGAAGAUCGUAAGGAAGCGGAGCAGCUUUGAGGUUUCUACUUAUCUUUGUAACUUUUAAACCUGUAUCUGAUUGCUUUCCUGUUUGUGCACUAGCCAUGAUAUUAGCUCGGUAAAGUUAAACCACAAAUGUCUGC